AGCAAACACUUGGCCUCCACCCAUCGAAGGCCUAGCGGAAGCAGACGAAAAACGCUUUGCAUGCGCGUGGGACGUAUUAAACGAUAAUUACGACACGACAGAUUUCUUUGAAAGGCUUCGUCCGCAAGUCGUGUUUACGACCAGUAUCCCAUAGUAACCGCCGGCCGUACCCCAACGUAUAUAUAAAAGAAAAGAAAAGAGGUCCUAUCGACCGCAGAGUGCAGCAAACCCAAAACAGGCAAGAUGCAGAGUUUCGGAACCAAGUUUAGCCUUUCGCAUACAUGGGAAUUGCGAUAUGUCCCGCAACUUGUCAUAAAGGCUGCAGCGGACCGUUAGAAUUCCGGGGACUGAUUGACGGCACGGGAGCAGCCAUUUUGUUGUGGGUGGCUACACUGAACCGCCGUCGUCUGCCAGACGGGUCGUUCACAAUCGGUCGAGCAGACGACAAACAUCGGUGCGACAGCAGAAACGGAUCAGGACAUAGCAAGUUGGCUCGAGUUUGGUGAGAAAGUCGACUUCAGUUUUUAAAGGAGCCUCAGCGAGCGACCUCGGAAGCGCACGGGGCCCUCUGGUCGACGUCCAGGAUGCACCGGCCGGUGUCUGCGCAGACCCGAAACGAGAACGUGAUGAAGCUGGCUGCGGGUCGGCAGCUCCACACCACCGAGGAUCCCGUGGAGAAGCUGAGGCUGCUCUGCCUGCAGCGGGGCUCCGCAGGCAUCCUAGGCCUCGGCAGGGUCUUCCGGCGCAUGGACGACAACGGGAGCGGCGACUUGUCGCGCGAGGAGUUCGUCAAGGGCCUCGACGACUCUGGAAUGUCGCCCUUCCUGGAAGGAGAGGACUACGACAAGCUCUUCGACCGCUUCGACGCUGAAGGCUCGGGGACCAUCAAGUUCGACGAAUUCAUGCGCGCCAUCAGGGUAACGAAUACCGUUUCCGAAAAACAAUGGUCCCGAAUCAUUUGA